GUUAAAUAAUGGAACCAGAAAAUAAGUUCCUGUAUAAACACAAAGGAUACUAUUUUGUAAAAGGGGUAUCACCUGAAAGUAUAGAUUCACUGGAAAGCUUUGAAAUCAAAGAUGAUGAUAUAUUUAUAAUCACUUAUCCUAAAUCUGGCACGAUAUGGACUCAAAAUAUUGUGAGCUUGAUUCUUCAUGAAGGUCAUCGAGAUGGAACUGAAAAUAUUACCCUGAUUGACAGAGCUCCAUGGCUGGAGUGUAAUAUUGCUGACAUAGAUUAUCCCAAUCGCCCAUCACCUCGUCUCUUUACUUCCCAUCUGCCCUACUAUUUGGUUCCCAAAGGAUUACAAAAUAAAAGAGCAAAGAUUAUUUAUGUGUUUAGAAACCCAAAGGAUGUCUUGGUUUCUACCUAUCAUUUUACCAAAAUUACACCUGUAAGGGAAACACCAAAAGAUUUUGAUACAUUCUUGGAGUGGUUUUUGUCUGGCAAAGUGCCCAGUAGUUUAUGGCUAGACCAUGUAGAAGGCUGGUAUACUCAUAAGGGUGAUUUCAACAUUCUCUUCCUUUCUUAUGAAGAAAUGAAAAAGGAUCUGAGAAGUUCUGUACUGAAAAUAUGCAACUUCUUAGAGAAAAAACUAAAUGGAAAGGAGAUGGAUGAUGUAGUGGAUAAAGCUACAUUUGAUAACAUGAAAGUGGAUUCCAGAGCAAACUACACAUUCAUGCCUCCUGACAUUGUAGAUUGCAGAAAAGGAGACUUUCUUCGCAAAGGCACUAUUGGGGACUGGAAGAACCUCAUGACUGUUGCCCAGAAUGAAAGAUUUGACUGUGUCUUUAAGAAGAGGAUGGAAAAGCUGCCCUUCAAGUUCUGCUGGGAUAUUCAGGAGGAUCCAAAGAGAUAUUCAAUCAUCAGCAAGAAAGAACCACAAAGCCCUGUUAUUAUGCAAAAAGUAAAAAAUGAAGAAUUAUUCAACUAUAAAGGGUAUAAUUUAUCAAAAGAAUUAAUGAAACUUGAACUCCUGGAAGCAUUAGAAGAUUUCGAAAUGAGGGAUAGUGACAUAUUCAUAGACACUUAUCCAAAGUCUGGAACUAUCUGGACCCAGAAUAUUGUAUGCUUGAUUUUGUACGAAGGCCAUCGGAAUGGAACAGAAAAUAUUCCCAUAUCACAUCGGAGUGCAUCCAUAGAAUACAACCUACACAAUGUGGAUAUCACCCAGAUGCCAUCACCUCGUAUCAUCAUGUCCCAUCUGCCAUAUUACCUAGUUCCCAAGAAACUGAAGGCCAAAAAGGGAAAAGUGAUUUAUGUGUACCGAAAUCCAAAAGACAUUUUAGUGUCCUUUUUUCAUUAUCGCAACUCGUUCCAUGGAAUGGUAAAUGCAUGUAAUUUAGAGGAAUACAUGCAAAGAUUCUUAUCUGGAAAUGUUGCUAGCAGUUUGGUCUUUGAUCAUGUGAAAGGCUGGUAUACACAUCGGAAUGAACUAAAUAUUCUCUUCCUGUGCUAUGAAGAAAUGAUCCAGGAUCUUAGAGGCGUAGUACUUAAAAUAUGCAAAUUUAUUGGAAAAGAGCUGAACAGCCAGGAAGUGGACAAAGUUGUGGAGAUGGCUACAUUCAAGAAUAUGAAAGCGGACCCUAGAGCAAAUUUUGUGAAAACAUAUGAAGAGUGUUUUGGACUAACAAACGUAAAGCAUAUACGCAAAGGAACUGUUGGAGACUGGAAGAAUAUUAUGACAGUAUCGCAAAGUGAAAGGUUUGACAAUAUUUUUCAAGCACAAAUGAAGGAUAUCGAUCUCAAAUUCAUUUGGGAUAUAAAAGAAAUACAAUCUAUUCAGCAUGGGAAGCUGCAGGUACCUCUCCAGGAGGACAAAGAGCAGAAAUGUCCAACACAACUGUAAUACCUAUAUGUAGUUAAAGCUACUACAAUACACCUAUGCGUUUUCUGUAUGUACUUAUGUGUAUUGUGUGCACAAGUGCUUUCUGCUCAAAGCUGUUUCCUGCUUAGUGAAGCGUCCUUAAAAAAUCAUGGCUUUUGGCAACCGCAUCUUUUUCAAAAUGUUGAAAACAUCCUAUAAUUUAUCACCACAAAUGGGUCAAGAUAUACCAGAAUGGUUUCAUAAGUUCUUUGCAAUACAAAUAAAUGCUUUGGGAGCUGGGAGAAAUGUUCUUGUAAUGUGUAGGGAACAAAGAUAUGUUAAUCUAUUAUUAUUUUUAUGGGCCAACAUAACGGUUGCUUCGAUAAUGGGAAAUAAUUUUGGGACAGCACCUUUAUAUAUCUUAGAUAUAUUAAUUUUGUAACAAUUAAUUUUAUAAAAAAGAUGAUGUUAAGAAAAAAAUACUUAGCACAUUAGGUUACUUGCAUGUUAUAUCCAACAACUUUAAGUAAUACCUACUGAUGUAGAUCAUGAUGUAGAGGCCAAGCCAGAGGGUACAGCUGAUCAGGUUUCUCUAUAGCUCUGGUUUAAUAAUAAGUUUAAAAAUUAAUUUGCAGUUGAUAUCAUAUGGAGCUUAUUUUUCCCCUGAAGUUCUUUCUCUUUCCAUACAGUUUCUUGCCAAACAUUAGCAUUCUUCUUCAUUUAUUUGAUCUAUCUUGCUAAUAAAAUUAUUUAAAAAUUAGUUGAUCAGAUAUAUUUCAUUAGGUUUUUUUAGUCUACUGCAAUUCUGCAACUCUCACUGAUUUACAAAUAUUAAAACACUCAUAUUCAAUCAUUGAACAAUAAGCCAUUCACAAGCAAGCCAAGAUUAGUUCACCAGGCGAUGGCCAAUAGUCCAUAAAACAAAUACAAAACUGCUCUAGCAAGUAAUUCCACUAGAACCAACUCAAAGUCACCAGACAAAACUGAAUGUACCUCCACGAGAACUCACUUGUCAGGAGAAGUUCAGGAAGCAAACAAGCACACAGCAUACAUGUUGUUCCCAACAACGCCUCCCUCUCUCUGCCAUAAUAAACAGCUUCCUUGUGCAACCCAUCAAAAGGAGUGGGGCCUUCUCCUGAGCAAUCUGGCAGACCUCAGUUUCUCUACCCUGUGUGCUCUGAGAUCCACCAUAGAAAACAGCUCUUCCCCAUCCUCUUCACUGACUUGCAAGCCGUUCCCCGCAAAAGGCUGAAAUUCUCUUUAUCCUGCCAGUUCAGCGUCAGUAAUUAAACCCAUUUUCGAUGUGCCUAGAAUAAACUCAUCCUCCCUCAAGCAGGUCUCCAAGGGAGACAUCACAACUCCCAAUAGUAUGACAGUAACAUAAAAUGUUAUGUCCUCGCCUGUUUCUCCGAAUAGAGCAUAAAACAUAAGGUUAUAUAGACUUAUGGUUACCAAUAUGGUUACCAAUUUUAGCCAGCCCAUAUAAAUUUGCAAGUUUACUUCCCAGUAUUCAAGUUACUAUCAACACUUAAUCUGCAACAGAUUCUAUGUCCAGCCUGGCAGAAAUAGGCUAAGAAUCA